AUCUGCAUAGCUUAGAAUUUGAUCCAAGGCUUGUGACCAGGACAGAGGUGAAAUCUUGGAUGCAUGGUACUCCGAGUUGUGUCAGCUAUACUGAGGUCACCCUACAGGUUGCAAAGAAUACAAGGACAUAUGAUGUCCAGUCAUGUAGGUUCUGAAGUUCUCCUGGAGACAGUUGGGAACGCCGGGGUGAUCACACUGAACCGGCCCAAAGCUCUGAACGCCUUAAACAUCUCCAUGAUCAGGUGCAUGUUCCCUCAGCUGAAGAAAUGGGAAAAAGAUUCGGAGACCGAUAUUGUGAUCAUCAAAGGUGCUGGAGGGAAGGCAUUUUGUGCUGGCGGGGACAUCAGAGCCGUCACAGAGGCGGGAAAAUCUGGAGAUUCUCUUGCUAAAGAUUUCUUUCGCGAAGAGUACAUCCUGAACAAUGCUAUCGGAACAUUUCAGAAACCAUAUGUGGCUCUUAUAGAUGGAAUCACAAUGGGAGGUGGUGUUGGCCUCUCAGUUCACGGGCAUUUUCGUGUUGCCACAGAGAAGACGCUCUUCGCCAUGCCAGAGACAGCCAUCGGCUUGUUUCCAGAUGUUGGCGGUGGGUACUUUCUCCCCAGGCUGCAAGGCAAGCUGGGUCUUUUCUUGGCCCUGACCGGUUUUCGCCUCAAAGGACGGGACGUGCAGAGGGCUGGGGUGGCGACCCAUUUCGUGGAGUCACAGAAGCUAGGAGCCCUUCAGAAGGAGCUGGUGGACCUGAGAUCUCCCUCCAUGAGUGACGUGACUAAGCUGCUGGACUCUUAUCAGGAGCAGAGCACUUUGGAUAUAGAGAAGCCAUUUGUCCUGCAGCAACAUAUAGAAGCCAUUAACAGGCUCUUUCAGGCUGACAGCGUGGAGCAGAUCGUUGAGAACCUGAAGAAUGAUGGCUCUCCGUUUGCACAGAAGCAGGCAGAGACUCUGGCCAAGAUGUCUCCCACCUCGCUGAAGUUAACUUUCAGACAGCUGCAAGCUGGAGCCACCAUGAGUUUGCAGGAGGUCCUGGUGAUGGAGUAUAGACUCAGUCAGGCCUGUAUGAGGGGCCAUGACUUCUAUGAAGGAGUGAGAGCUGUGCUUGUAGAUAAAGACCAGAGCCCCAAGUGGAAGCCGUCCACACUGGCAGGAGUCUCGGAGCAGUCUGUGGAAGAGAGUUUUGCCUCGCUGGAGGAAAGAGAUCUCCGACUCUAAUGGCUUCAUGUCAGAUAACUCAAACUCUCCUACAGUUUCAAACACAGCUCCCAGAUAAAUUCACCAAGAUAUCCAUUCAUUAUUAUCUUUUUUUUUUUGUCCACGCCAAAGCAGAUAUGGCAGAGAAGUAUGGUCUUGUUUGUAGCUGUAACGGAACAAACUAACAGGGAGAUAUUGUGUAACUCUAACAUUGUGAGGGACAGUAGACCAUGAGUUCCAGUGUCUUUGACUUUUCCUUCAGAGUGUAUGUGGUGGUGAGUGAAGCUGUGGACCCUCUGGAACUCAUUACCCCCCCUCACCCUCUUCCUCACCCCCCCUCACUUCAGCAUCCUCACCCCCCCCUCACCUCAGUGUCCUCACCCAGUGAGAUCUUAUAUGGAAUAUGGUACUAUUACUAUAGACCCUCAUUCUGCUGACUUAAAUCUAUUGUAGGAGUGUGUAAGUGACAGGCAGGAGAACCAUGACACCGCAUUGGGCUUUGGACUCUUUUGAAACUGUUAACAUUGCUGAACAGUGCUUGAGAAUGAGAUUUACACAGUGUUAUACAGUGUGUACUGCAAGACAUCACAUAAACUAUAUCUUGGCCAUGAUUUUUUUCUUCUCUGUAAUCUAUUGCAUAUUCAGUUAUUGCCACACAGUAAUUAAUAGAGAAUAAACGGUAAUUAUGGAACAGAAAUCACAGAAUGUAUACAGAUUCUCCCACUGAAUAACACUGCGGUAAAAGUGUUUAUUGUUUGUUUGGUGGGGUUUUUCUUGUUUUUUUCUUUUUUUGAGACAGAGAGGGAGAGAGUGAGAGAGAGAGAACUGUAAUUUGUAACUUUGAUGAGCUUGAUAUGAAUCAAGUGGCGUAGUCUUUUUCUUCUCCUUGUUUCUGUGGCGAUAUCUGUUCCACAUUGUGCCUGAUAAACAUAUUUUUUUUAAGAUUUCAGUCAACAGAUUUUGUGACCCACGUAAUGAAUUGAUCAGAAAUACUAAUAAUAAAAAACAUUUUUAAAAAAAAACUGAAAAGAAUUAGUUUUAUCUGUUAAUGGCUUUUGUAUGAAAAUGACAUAUUAGGACAUUCAGACUGUGGAGAGACACGUAAGAAAAGCAUGUAUGAAGCUAUAGCAUUUCAUCCUUUAUAAUAUCUUGGAAGCAACUGAGUGGCUUGAGUUUGCUCCCUCCUAAGAGCUGCUUAAUUAUCUGAUCUACAAAGUCAAUUAGGAGUCCCCUCUGACAGGCCCCACAUCAGCUAAUGCAAUGACUUACUGGUAGCUCUGCUUCUCUAAUGGUGUGGUCAUUCAGUCAAACAAAGAACCACACCACCGAAUUCAAAACCAGUGGAUUUUGAGAGAACCGGAACACUAUGUCACAAUCCGUAACGAUUUACAAAAGAAAAAACAGUUCUCGUCAUCUCUACAUGUUCAUUGUAGCCGGUGAAAGUGCCUAUGUCUGUGUAUAAAUGGAUUUUUAUAACAGAUCUGGCUGACUGAUAAACGAUGUGGCUUGGCAUGAGAAUAAAACCACACCUUGUAUUUAUAAGUGGACUUACCGAAAACAAUAAAUCAGUUUUUAUA